AUUGAAACUGCAUUUUACCCCUUGUCUUUGGAUGAUGCUGAGAGAGUUUAAACAUGUCUCGGAGAAGUACAGCAAAUCAAAGCCGUUACAGCACUCUGGAAAAACCCGGGCAGUCUGGAAGAUACAGCAGCUCCAGCACCCGGAACAGCUUCAGAGAAGUGCUGUGUGAUUUUUGUCUGGCUAAGAAGAACAGAGCAGUGAAGUCAUGUCUGACGUGCUUGACCUCAUUUUGUGAGACACAUCUCCAAGCUCAUUAUGAGUAUCCAGCUCUCAUGAAGCACAAACUGGUGGCUGCAACAGGGCAACUGCGUGAGAAGAUCUGCGCUGAACAUGAUAAACUUUUGGAGGUUUUCUGCCGUUCUGACCAAGCAUGUGUUUGUGUUUUGUGUAUCAUGGAGGAACACAAAAAACAUGAUAUUGUUUCAGCAGCUGCUGAAAGGACAGAAAAGCAGAAACAGCUUGGGGCUAAACUGAUGGCUUCACAGCAGAAAAUUGAAGAAAGGAUAAAGAAAUGGCAAGAUCUCAGGCAGGCAGUGGCAUCCCUAAAACAUUCAUCUCAGAGUGUAUUAGAUGAAAAUGAGCGUAUUUUUGUGGAACUGCUACGGGCGCUGGAGCGGAGGCAUGGAGAAGUGAAGGAGAUGAUCCGAGCCCAGGAAACCCUUCUGCUGACACGUGCAGAGGGACACCUGGCCAGGCUGGAGGAGGAGAUUACAUUACUGAAAAAGAAGCAUAAUGAUCUGGAGCAGCUGUCCCAAUCUGAUGAUCAUAUUCAUUUCUUACAGAGCUGGCAGUCUCUUUCUGCUCCUUCUGGAUAUGAGGACUUGUCCAAGGUGAAAUUAGCCCCUCAUCACACUUUUGACAAUGCAAAGAAAGCCAUUUUUGACCUGAAAGUGCAAUUAGAAGACAUAAGCAAAGAAGAACUGAACAAAAUCUCAUCAGCAGUGAAGGAAGUUAGAAUUCUCCAGACUCUGGACCCUGCAAAAAGGGAGGAGUUUUUAGAAUAUUCCUGUCAGCUCUCCAUGGAUCCUUCAACAGCCCAUCCAAACCUGCACCUGUCAGACAGAAACACAGUUGUGCGGAUGAGCAACGAGCCGAAGUCGUACCCGGAGCAUCCCGAUCGCUUCGAAUACUGGCAGCAGGUGCUGUGUAAGGAAGGGCUUGCCGGCGGUCGCUACUACUGGGAAGUGGAGUGGAGUGGCACAGAAAUAGACAUCGCUGUGACUUACAGGGGGAUUCAGAGGAAAGGAAAUGACAACGCUGGCAGCUUUGGGGGGAAUGACAAGUCUUGGAGUUUGUACUGCUCUGAAUCCAAGUACUCUUUUGUACAUAACAGCAAAAGCACAACCAUACCUAUCCCCAAUUCCUCCAGGAUAGGGGUGUAUGUAGAUUACGAAGCUGGAACAGUGGCUUUUUACAGUGUGUAUGACAACAUGAAGCUGUUGCACAAGGUUCAAGCUCAAUUCACUGAGCCUCUGUACCAUGGCCUUGGAGUCUGGGGAUAUGGGAGUACAGUACGGCUGUAAUUAUAGAGUAAAGUGUUCAUCAGAACGUGGUUCUCCCAUAUGCAUUGUAUAUUAUUUAUCAUUUUAGUCAAUUUAGUGAGAACAGGAAGUGAGCUACAUUCCUUCCCUGGGCAUUUAAAAUAUGAAUCACGGACAGUCAUUCUCAGUGGCUAUAUAAACAUCAGUUUUCACUAUCAGCAGUGGGCGAUCCAAAAAAACUACUAUUUUUUUUUUUUUUUUUACGUGUAAUGCAUAAAUUAGCUUAUUGAU